AUGGCCCAGCAGCGUGGGUUGUGGGACUGGCACAAUGUCCAUUUGAUCCACUCGAAGACCGUCGAGGACCUGGCCUUCCGCCAUGUGGUCCGGCUGGCCCAGCGGACCGGGGUGGGCAUGUACUUCGUGCACGUUACAGCCAGCGACGGAGCAGACGUGAUCUCGGAGGCCCGGGCCUCCGGUAUGCCGGUAUACGGUGAAGUGCUGACGCUGGCCCUCUCGUUCGAGGCGGAAAGGUACAAGGAAUCCGACGGCAUGAAGUACCACACCUAUCCAUCCCUCAAGUUCGAGGAGGACCGCAACGUGCUGUGGGACGGCAUUAUGAAGGGUGACCUAUCGCCGGCAAGAAUGUCCGCGACAUCCGGGGGCGGCAACGUGGGCAUCGAGAUUCGCAUGGGCGUCAACUACACCGAGGCCGUGGUCAAGCGCGGCAUGUCCCUGGAGCGCUUUGUAGACGUGACCUCCGCCAACGCCGCGAAGCUGCUGGGGAUGUACCCCCGCAAGGGCUGCAUCGCCGCCGGCAGCGACGCCGACUUCGCCAUCAUCGACCCCGAGUUCAGGAAGGCCCUGGAGCUCUCCGACCUGCACGUCCGGGAUUACAACCCCUGGGAGGGGUGGGAUGUGGAGGGCUGGCCCACCACCGUCAUCCUGCGCGGCAAGAUCAUGGUCGACAACGGCCAGUUGCUGGGCGACGGCAACGACGGGCGCCUCAUCCUGCGAAAGGUGGACCAGUCGGUGCUGAACCGCCCUGCGUUCUAG